CAGCUCUCAGCAGAGAGGUGCGAGCAUGGCUUCAGGAGGAAAGGAAGGACACGAGGGUCCGGCCAAGAAUGCCCUCCGUAAGGUACGCACAGCCACGCUGGUGAUCAACCUGGCCCGGGGCUGGCAGCAGUGGGCCAAUGAGAACAACAGCAGGCAAGCCCAGGAGCCCUCAGGUUGGCUGCCUGGAGGCACCCAGGAUGAGGUCCCAGCUCCUAAGCCAGCAACACAUCCCGCUCCCCAGCAGACGGCUACGAGCAUCUUGGUGUCUCUCUCUCCGGAGGCCGGUGGACAAAGCUUGGAGGGAGCCCCGGAAGUCUCCCGUAUCAAAAGGAAAGAGGUGACCAAGACAGUGGUCAGCAAAGCAUAUGAGAGAGGAGGGGACGUGGGCCACCUCAGCCACCGAUAUGAGAAGAAUGAUGGGGGGCAGCCAGAGAGUGAUGACAUCGACAGAAUCCUCCAGGGCCGUGGCUCCCCAACUCGGAGGAGGAAAUGUGCCAACCUGGUCUCGGGGCUCACCAAAGGCUGGAGGGAACUGGAAACAGAGGAUGAGCCCACGUGGAGAAGCGACAGCCUUGACACAGAGGACAGCGGCUAUGGAGGGGAGACGGAGGAGCGAGCAGAACAGGACGCUGAGCAGAUGGCAGUGGCCAGAAUCAAACGCCCGCUGCCCUCCCAGGCCAACAAGUAUACAGAGAAACUCAACUGCAAGGCCCAGCGGAAACACAGCGAAGUGAACAACCUGAAAGGCAGAUGGCAGCAGUGGGCGGAUGAGCACAUGCAGUCCCAGAGGCUCAACCCCUUCAGCGAAGAGUUUGACUAUCAGCUGGCGAUGUCCACCCGCCUUCACAAAGGGGACGAAGGCUACGGCCGACCUAAGGAGGGAACCAAAACUGCAGAAAGGGCCAAGCGGGCGGAGGAGCACAUCCACAGAGAAAUCAGGGACCUGUGCUUCAUCAUCCGCACCAUGGCCCGCCACCGGCGGGAUGGCAAGAUCCAGGUCACUUUCGGAGACCUCUUCGACAGAUAUGUUCGCAUCUCAGACAAAGUGGUCGGCAUUCUCAUGCGGGCCAGGAAGCACGGGCUGGUAGACUUCGAAGGAGAGAUGCUAUGGCAAGGCCGGGAUGACCAAGUGGUGAUUACUCUACUCGAGUGAGCCCCGGACAAUAAAAGCCCAAGUGGACCCGAUCCUCUCUUGACCGCUAAAGUUAAUGUAGUGAUGUUUCAAAGCACUCUAUAUCGGUUAGUAUCUAGUAAACAAUUUUAUGUCAAAUGACUUUUGGCCACUCUUUCUGAGAAUGUUUGCCAAAUUGUGAAAAAGACUUUUUGAAAAAUGUGUCCUCUGUACAUAAAAGAGUAAAACUCCACUGACACUUUCAAGCAAAAAUCUUUUGGUUAGUCAUAAUUAUACACUUCUGAUGUAAAUAUCAAGUUGCUGACUUGUUAACAUCAGGUUAACAUGUUAUGUGAGAUUUUUAUAAAGAAACUUGAUGUUGGGGGCUGGAGAGAAUACAGUGGUAAGGUGCCUUGCAUGCGGCCGACCCGGGUUCCAUCCCCAGCAUGGUUCACUGAGAACUGGGCUCUGGGCACCGACAGUUGCCUCCACCCAUCCCCCCGACCUCCAGUUUUAACUCUGUAGUAGUAUUUGUAUCACAGCAUCACUUACAAAAUUGGCACACACAUGAACAUGCUCAUUUGCAAGCAAGACCAGAAAAGACGGCUAUGGUCAUCUUCACUAUGAAAUGAAAGAUGAUGUGUCAAAUUCAGCCCUACUUCACAUUAUAGAACUUCUCUCUUGGAGAAGUUUAAUUUUUGUCACCUUAAUGAGUCACACUGCUUACACUAAUGAUGCAUGAUAAAAACAGAAAUAAGAAAAUUGAAUGUUCAGUGCAGAAAUAUAGGAAAACUGUUGGUAAAUUAGAUAACAAUUUGAGGCAUCUUAUGACAGUAAGACCACAUUAACCUGCAAUAUCCCUCAUCAUAAUCCACUGGACCAUUUAAAAUAUAUAAAAGGUAGGGGCUGGAGUAAUAGCACAGCGGGUAAGGCGUUUGCCUUGCACACGGCUGACCCAGGUUCAAUUCCCAGCAUUCCAUAUGGUCCCUGAGCAUUGCCAGGAGUAAUUCCUGAGUGCAGUGCCAGGAGUAACACCCGAGCGUCGCUAGGUGUGACCCAAAAAGAAAAAAAAAAUAUAUAUAUAUAUGAAAGGUAUAAAAUAGCAAUAUUUAACCUGUCAAAGUAAAAAUAAGUUUGAUGCAAUGAGAAAGUUGACAGUGGUUUAUGAUUUCUUAAUUUUACUCUUAGAUCUGUCUUAUGUAAUUCUCAAAACCAAAUAAAAUAUUAGAAUGCUUACUGGAUUCAAUGAAAGUUACUAAAAUAAUAUAGCACUCAGGAAAAGCCAAUGUCAAAAUAGACUUCAUAAUAAUUAGGUGAGCCUUCAAAAAUGGACUAAACCAUUCAUGGAAUGUCCUUUGUUCUCAAGCAUGAUCCUCUUUCAAAGUGAAAGUUCCAAUAUCUUCUUGGAGAAGAGAGUUUAUACAUUUUUUCCCACAUAAAAAUUAAUAACAAGUAUUUCUAAGUAGAAUUUAAUCACAAUCAAAAUAUCCCGUUUAUCACCGAAUUCUCAGGCGAAUCAGUAACAUCUCAUUUUGUCCUUUCCCUGAGAUCUUAGAAGUCUAUUUCAACUUGGCCCUCCCAACGAUGUUGCACUGGGGGCUCUUCAGGGUCAGGGGAAUGAGAUCCAGCUUGUUACUGGAUUUUGCAUAUGAAUACACCAUGGGGAGCUUGCAAGGCUGUCCCAUGGGGGCAGGAAACUCUCAAAAGAUUGCCAGUUUCUCCUAGAGGAAGAGGUAGGCUAAAGAUAUCACUUCUGAGAGCUUGCUUUUAAGUCUCUGGAUGUUGACCGUUGAUGGGAUCACACACACCUGGGUUCCUCUGCCGGUACCUUCAUGCAUGAGGCCUGUCUGAACGUGUAGAGAGGAGCCUCCAGCAUGGCUACAGAAAGUCUCUUGCCUGAACACCUGGCUGUCUUCCCCGGGGCCCCUCGGAGGGGAUG